AUGGAGGAAGAGCGGCUGCGUGAGGAGGUGGCACAGCUGGAGCGAGAGGUGGCCAGCCUUCGUCGCAAGCGUGAUGCCGACCGCGCUGGCCAGAGGGCCGCAACGGGAUCGUCGUCAGCCCAGGGCGAUGAGGCCGGCCAGCUGGCCACCCUCUCGGCGCCCAUCAAACCGAUCGGCGUCGUGCGCUCGCCCUUCCCCUCGCGCAUGGGCACGCCCAGACAGGGCAUGCUGGCGCCGGCCACGCGCGGCUGGAUCCAGCUGGAGGGCAGGCUGAACCCGGCCGAAGCGCUCGACGGGAUUCAACAAUUCUCACACGUGUGGAUUGUCUUCGUCUUCCAUCAAAACACCAACGCCUCCAAAGCCAUGCUGGGCGACAAAGGGCUCAAGGCCAAAGUGCGACCGCCGCGGCUGGGUGGAGCGCGCGUGGGCCUCUUCUCCACCCGGACGCCCCACCGACCCAACCCCAUCGGACUGACCAUCGCCAAGAUCGAGCGGCUGGAGCGAGGAGUGCUUCAUAUCUCCGGCGUGGACCUGGUCGACGGCACGCCCGUGCUGGACAUCAAGCCCUACCUGCCCCGCUACGAUUCUCUCCCGCACGCCGCCGUGCCGGACUGGAUCGACGACGAGGGCGCCACGGUGCGCGAAGACGCCGGUAAGGAACUGCACACGGGAUCCAUCCGCUCCGUGCACUGGACGCGGGAGAGCGAAGAGGCGGUAAACCGGCUGCUGGCCGACG